CGAAUACAACGAUGAAUCGCGUACUUGUUUUGUCAAUGCUGGUUUUUGUUGCGGCAGCACAGGUAAUCAGCUCAGAACGAUUACCCUGUAACCUGGAAGUGUACGACAAUGACGAGGAUGGGGAGGUGUCCCAGGAAGAAUUCCUAGCGGUAGCACAGAGCCACGGACGCACAGAGGACGACUUAGUACAAAAGACCUUCGCCAUCGCUGAUACGGACGGGGACGGGUUCCUCACUACAGAUGAAUUCGAAAGAAAUGCUGCUUCCUUGUUCGCUGCUGGUAUCGUCCAAAAAUGCACCAGAUCAAACAAAAACUGGACAAACCAUUAAUUCCAAUGUUGCUGAAAUAUAUUAUCUUGCUCGAAUACAGGAAAAUAAAUAUCACGUA